AUGACUAUCCCGGACGAAGUUGAUAUUAUCAUUUGCGGUGGCGGCAGCGCAGGAUGUGUUCCUGCUGGCCGCCUCGCAAACCUCGACCACAACCUUUCCGUUCUUCUGAUUGAAGGGGGAGAGGACAACCUCAACAAUCCAUGGGUCUAUCGCCCAGGAAUCUACCCCGUCAAUAUGAAACUUGAUUCUAAGACGGCAUCGUUUUAUCACUCGCGCCCCUCGGAGCAUUUAGAUGGGCGCAAAGCUAUCGUGCCAUGUGCAAAUAUCCUUGGCGGGGGUAGCUCUAUCAACUUCAUGAUGUAUACCAGAGCGUCAGCCUCUGAUUACGAUGACUUUCAAGCUAAGGGCUGGAAAACCGAGGAAUUGCUUCCCCUUAUGAAGAAGUAUGAGACGUACCAGCGUGCUUCUAAUAACCGCGGCCUGCAUGGGUUUGGUGGUCCAAUCAAGGUAUCAUUUGGAAACUACACCUAUCCCAUCGCGCAGGACUUUCUGCGGGCUACUGAGUCCCAAGGCAUUCCAAUCACCGAUGACCUUCAGGACUUGACGACUGGUCAUGGAGCUGAGCAUUGGUUAAAGUGGAUCAACCGUGACACAGGUCGACGAAGUGAUGCAGCACAUGCUUACGUUCACAGCACCAGAGCUAAGCACUCGAACCUGCACUUGAAGUGCAACACCAAAGUGGACAGAAUCAUUAUCGAAGACGGCCGCGCCGUAGGAGUUGUGACCAUGUCCACCAAGCCUCUAGAUGGCGGAGAACCAGUCCGCAGAAUAUUCCGAGCACGAAAGCAAAUUAUCCUCAGUUGUGGCACUCUCAGCUCUCCACUUGUCCUCCAGCGAUCGGGCGUCGGUGACCCAGCAAAGCUACGCCGAGCGGGCGUCAAGCCCCUAGUGAAUCUUCCCGGAGUCGGACAGAACUUCCAGGAUCAUUACCUAUUCUUCUCUGGCUACCGAGCAAAACCCGAGGUCGAAUCUUUUGAUGACUUCCUUCGAGGAGACCCAGCUGUUCAGAAGAAAGUAUUUGAGGAAUGGAAUCUAAAGGGAACGGGGCCCUUAGCCACGAAUGGUAUUGAGGCCGGUGUUAAGAUCCGUCCGACAGAGGAAGAGUUGAACGAGAUGAAAAAGUGGCCGACGCCUGAAUUUGGAAGUGGAUGGGAUUCCUACUUCAAAAACAAGCCUGAUAAGCCUGUUAUGCAUUAUGCGGUCAUCUCUGGAUGGUUCGGUGACCAUAUGCUUAUGCCACCGGGCAAGUUCUUCACCAUGUUCCAUUUCCUGGAAUACCCGUUCUCGCGCGGCUCUACUCAUAUCAAGUCUGCUGACCCAUAUGAGGAGCCCGACUUUGAUACAGGUUUCAUGAGUGAUAAGCGGGAUAUGGCUCCUAUGGUCUGGGGUUAUAUCAAAUCUCGUGAGACUGCUCGACGCAUGGGAGCAUAUGCUGGUGAAGUGACCUCGAUGCACCCUCAUUUCGCCUACAACUCUCCGGCCCGGGCGCUCGAUCUGGAUCUUGCGACCACGAAGGCUUACGCUGGCCCAAAUCAUAUCUCAGCUGGCAUUCAACAUGGGUCCUGGUCGGAGCCCUUGAAGCCAGGUCAACCCGCUUCAGUUUCAAGCUUGAACUCGAGCAGACAUGAGGCCAGGGACCCCAUUGAGUAUACCAAGGAGGAUAUCGAGCACAUUGAGACGUGGGUUAAACGCCAUGUUGAGACUACUUGGCACUCCCUCGGAACCUGCAGCAUGGCUCCACGCGAGGGCAGCUCCAUUGCGAAGCAUGGAGGUGUUGUCGAUGAACGACUAAAUGUCCAUGGAGUCAAAGGACUCAAGGUUUGUGACUUGUCUAUCUGUCCAGACAACGUCGGCUGCAAUACCUUCAGUACUGCUCUGCUCAUUGGCGAGAAAUGCGCUAUGUUGGUUGCAGAGGACUUAGGCUACUCCGGCGAUGCCUUGAAGAUGGAGGUGCCUACCUAUCAUGCACCGGGUGAAUUCGCCAACCUCUCGAGACUGUAA